UUGGUUGCGACAUGACUCUUAAAACAAGUUGGCAGCACUGUAGCUACAUUUUUAUGUAAUGUCACUCACUUUGUUGUCGUUUUACAAAGAAAAAAUCGUGCUAGUAACCAAACCAAAGAACCAAGAAUAUUACUUUGUGCGCUGUGAUGUGAUAUCCAAUUAGAACAAAUAAUGAAUUGUCAUCAAAUAUUGAGCGGUGCCUGCAAUGCAGGUGACCGGUGCUUCGCAAUUGGCUCCGUGGAAGGCAUACCUUUUACAGCAUAUGCUGCCGGCUGCAAUGUGGUCAUCCUGGCGAGCACCUUCGAGCGCGUCCAGAUCAUUCCUGGCGCCAAUCAUGGCUAUGUCAAGAUAUCGGCAUUGGACUGCAGCACCGAUACCGGAAAAAUAGCCGCUGCCUAUGAAAAUAAGAUAUGCAUUUUUGAGCCAACGCCGGUGAUUGAAUCGAGCAAGCAUAAUACACACUUUCUGGACUACAGAUGGGUGCAGACAGGAUCCUUUACGAGUCACUCGAAUGUGGUGACAUUGUCGUGGAAUUUGGAGGGGACACGUCUGUUAACCGGUGGCACCAACAUACAGCUCUGGAAGAGCAAAUCGCCCACACAUCAGCCGGAGGAGGAGCAUACAGGUGUUAAAUUUGAAAUUGGCGAGAGCAAAGAGACAAAGCAGUCAACAAAUGCUCAAACGGAUGAUGUAUCGACGUGGGAGAACAUUUGGUCAUGCCAGACGGCGAUACCCAUUUACCAUAUGGCAUUUAGUCCCGAUGGCACACUAUUUGCCACCUGUGGACGCAACGAUCGUCUAGUCAAGAUCUGGUAUGAGAAUAAGCAGGUGCUCUUUCCCGCCAAAAGCAGUAGCAAUAAUGCCGGCACCGCAGCCGGAUCAGGAGCAGCAACUGGAACAGGAACAGGAAUCGGAGCAAAUGCAUCACAUGAUGCAACUGGUGGUGAUUUAAAUUUCACCUAUGUGUACAUAGCACAUCCACGUGCCGUAUCCAAUAUUGUGUGGCGCAAGACAAGCAAAUAUAUGCCCAAAGGAUCUGUUGCCAAUAUGCUGGUGACUUCGUGUUUGGAUAACAUUUGUCGCAUUUGGAUUGAGACAGUGCUGCCGGAUGAUGGCAUGGUCAAUAUGACACAAUAUGAUCCAUUGGCCUCACAGAAUCCCAAAUUUCGUACGCAUCGUCAUAAGCAUCGAUUCAUGCAACGUUUGAAGCAUAUGAAGACCUGUUUCCAUCUACGUCGUCACAUCAAGGCUGGUGCAGCGCAUGCGCAUGCAACUGCUCCAGGAGCAAGUGGCUCCAUUGCUGGUGGCGCUGGCGGUGGUGGUGCUGGUGGUGCUGGUGGCAGUGGUAGCGGUGGUGGCAAUAAUCAUGGUAAUCCCGCCAUGGGCAGCUCACCGGCUAGUUUUAGCAAUUAUCAGGGACCGAUACCAUCGUUACCAUCGUCAUGCAGUGUCCAUGACUUUCAUUCAUAUGGCUUUCAUGGCUCUGGCGUGACACCAGGGAUGCAUUUCCAUUUGGCGGCAUCGAUAAAUGCCGAAACGGAUAUACCAUUGGUGCCAUCGAUGCAAACAUCGGAUCCGAGCAAUCAGAAUGUCUUCAUAUUGCAUUGGCUGAACAACAAGGAGAUGCAUUUCACCCUCCAAGCGGAGGCCAUACUCCAGGAGCUAACCAAAAAGGUCAUCGACGAGGAGAAUGGCCAACAUCAUCAUCACAAUGCCCAUGCGCCUGCCUCCACGGGCACCGGCACGGGUGUGGGUGCCGGCGUUGAUCUGCCGGAUGAUGCAGUGCAGCAGCAGCAUAAGAAAUUUACACGCAACUCCAAGUCCGUAUCGGUGGAUGAUAGCGGUGAGGAGUAUAGCAAAUAUUCCCAACAUACGGCGGCAACAAAUGCCGGCAUCCAUUUGAAUUCCAUGUCGAAUACGACAUCACAGAACUCGUUGAAUCAUGAUCAACAGAAUCCCAUAACACAACUUGUGGACUCACUGGACAAUAAGAUUGAAUGUCUGCUGAGGGAUUGGCAUCAAAGUCCGGAUUUAUUAUUUGCCAUACAUCCGGUUGAUGGUAGCUAUUUGAUUUGGGUCAUUGAGUGGCUGGAUGACUAUUAUCCGGGCUCGUAUCGACAGGCGCAGGUGUCGUUCUCCACCAGAAUACCAUCGGCAUUCCCGCUGGGCGAUGCCAUGUCCAUGUCCACGACCGUCAGUCUCUUCAAUACGGGCACACAUCCCUUGGCCUUUCGGGAUAUUGCCAAUAAUGUGCGGAGCAAGGAUGAGUUCCACAAAACCGGCGGCAGUGAUCAGAAUUCGCUGAGAAGUGAUCAGAAUUCGGGACAACAGCAUUUCGAUAAACAUGAUGAGCACGACGAGGAAACCGAUCAGGCGGAUCAAGAUGAUGAGCAUGAUGAGGAUCAUGCGGCGGAUCGUAGUGCAACAGCUGGCGGAGGAGCCAGCUCCAGUUCGCAGGAUUCAGCUGGAGCCAAUGCAACUGGAGCGGCAUUGCCAUUGAAUGUCUCCCCAUCGGUAUCGAUGGUAACGAAGCAUUCAAAUGGCACACUGAAUCUUUGGCAGCUCACGUUCGCAUUCAAGACCAAGUUCACCCAAGUAUUAAGCAUUGGCCAUGUCAGCCGUGCAUCCGGACAUCGUUUCCGUGUGAAUGACAUCACCUGUCAUCCGGUAUUGCCGCUGCUCGUCUCCACAUCACAUCACAAUCUACCCGACUCGGAGGUCAAGUCACCGAUGUCACCAUUUGAACAGCCGCUGGCGGGAAGCACAGGUGUGGGAAUGGGCGGAUCUGGAGCAGGUGGUGGUGGCUCCUCCUCCUCCACCACCAGCAGUAGCGAUAAAGAUGUAUUUACACCCACUGGUUUCUGUUCCGAGUUGAUAUUGUGGCGUGUGGACGCGGUGGGUCCAUUGUGUCACUCCGGUGGCGUUAGUGAGCUGGCCAGGAUUAACUCACCGGAGAUCUCGGCCUUUAGCAAUGUGGCCUGGAUACCCACGCUCUUGCCGAGCACCACAUUGGGCAGCUAUAGCAAUUCCCCGUCCGCCUGCUUUGUGGCCAGCGAUGGUGAGAAUCUGCGGGUCUAUCAAGCCGUCAUUGAUGCACGCACAUUGCUGGCGGAGAUCUCAUGCUCGGAGAACUUGAAUACGUUGCACAAAUCGCAUUCGCUGUCAUCGAUGAUGUCCAAUGCGUCAUCCACAUUGAAGGCACAACGUUCCGCGCUGCAUGACAAGCUCAAAGUCGUCUCCCAACAGUCGACAGCACGUCCGGGUUGCAUACUGCAAUUGGAUGCGAUCUCGGAUGCGAAACAUGAUUGGCAGAACACACAAUUUCUGCAUGUGUUCCAGGCACAAUUGAUAACGGGCGGACAACGUGCUGUCCAUGUGGAUAUGCAUGAUCUGGAGGAGCCCAAGAUGAACGCACUGCUCGAGACGGACAUGGAUGCCAUUGUGGAUCUGCAGCGGAAUGUGGACUUUGAGGAACCCUUUUAUAUAGUCAACAUCGAGAAGACAUUGCGUGGCAGCACCAUACACAUGUGGCGCAUUGUCAUCAGCUCCAAGCAACAGAACUCAUUCCUCUCCGAGACGGCCAUGUAUGUGCCGGAUAGUAAUCUCACGCAGGAGACGGACGAACAGCAGGAGCAGCAGCCACGUCGCAUGUCCCAGGGUGCGGAAACCCUAACCGGAGCCGAGCAAUUUGGUGGACCACAGGUGGAGGCGCCACAUAUAUCGAUAACCACCAAGAAGGUGUGCACCCAGGAGUUGCCACUACCCGAGGGUGUGGAUGUCAUACAUGCCUCACCCGCCGCUGGCCAUCUGAGCAGCUCGAGCAUUUAUCCCGCCUGCUUUGCGCCGUACAUCAUUGUGACCGCUUGCUCGGAUUCGAUAUCGCGUUUCUGGAAAUGUGAACCCGUUGGCACGGAUGCGUAUCAUUGGUCCGAGUGGAAGAUGUUGAGUCGCAUCCAACAGUCCGCCAUUGAGAUACCCGGACAACCGUUGAACAUAAGUGCCGCCUAUUCCGGCCGGAUUGCCUGUGCCUAUAAAUAUGGCAAGAGUUUUACGCGUCCAAAUCGCGGUGAUCCCGACUCGCGUUAUGUCAAUCUCUGUGUGGCCAUCUAUGAGUGCGAGAGCUCCGGCGGCUCCGAGUGGGUGCUGGAGGAUACCAUACACCUGAAGAAUGUGCAUCUGCCCAGGAUUAAUAUUGGACAUGGCAUCGAUUUGAGCUAUCUGCAUGAUAGUCGCCUGCUGGCCAAGAAGCAACGUCUCAAUCAGGUGUUGCACACCUUUGCCCACGAUCCGGAGAGUCGUUCCCCAAGAAGUGGUGAAACUACGCCGGAAUUGACCACGGUUAAGCCAACGGCAAAUGUGUCCGGACUGCUGACCGUGCCCAGUUUCAGCACAUUGCAAUCGCUGAGGAAGAGCAUUGCGGAGAAUGGCAAUACGUGUCCACUGACCCAGAAGCAUCUGGUGCAGCUGGAUUGGGUGUCCAAGGAGGAUGGUUCGCAUAUCCUAACCGUUGCCGUCGGCAGUAAAAUACUGCUCUAUACGCCCGUUAGCUCGGACAUUGCCCAGGCCAAUAUCAAGGCCAUGAAGGAAUCACGUUCCGUCAAUCGUCCCAUUCUGCGCAAGGCGAGCUCCUUGGCCCAACCGAAUUUUGUGGAUGAGAUACGUUGGAUGAAAUUGCGUCAGAUUGAUUUGCAAACGGCGGAUGGUUUGCCGCCAUUGCCCAUGCAAAUCUCUUGGGUGCGUGAUGGCAUCCUGGUGGUGGCCAUGGACUCGGAAAUGCAUGUGUAUUCCCAAUGGAAGCCGCACUAUGGUGCACACUUUAUGUCUGUGGCCGGACUGGGUGAAGAUGUGCCGGAUACGCGUAAUCUAAGGGAUGAGGAUUUGCGUUCCCUGGCCAAUGAGUCCACACAGCUGCGCUUGAAGAAUGUGGCUUCCAUGCCACUGAUUAGCAAGGUAUCCACGGCCAAUUUGCAGCUACUGAAUCACGACAAGAAACGUCGCCUGGCGGCCAACAGCAGCAUGGCCAAUAUGAAUGGUGUACACCAGGAUGGAGCAGGUGCUUUUGGCACUGAGACUGCUCCGGCCAAUGAUGAUUAUAUGACGGACUUUGGACUGUUUCAAGCCUCCCGGAUAGCGUGUCCCGUGCUGCCGCAGUAUCAUCCCAAGCAGCUGAUGGAGCUGCUCAAUUGUGGCAAGAUCCGUUGGGUCAAGGCGAUCCUAGCACAUCUGGUGCGUUGCAUGAGCGGCGGUGGCAGCGGUGGCAGUGCCAAUUGUGGCAUGCCACAAGAUGAUGAUGGCAGCACCGGCGGCGGAGCUGGAGGCGGUGGUGCUCCUGGUUAUGGUGCCAGGCAACGCAGCUGGUCAAGAUCUAGAACCUUAAGCAUUAGCUAUACGGCGGAUACAAGCAAUAUACAGGCGGAACAUCGCGGCAGCACCACACAAAUCCCCGAGGAACUCAUGCUCGACUAUGCGGAGAUUAACUCGAUUCCGCCGUUGCCACUGUGGGUGCUCCUCAAUGCGGAUCGCGAGCAGACGGGUGGCAAGGCGCCAAAUGCCGCCGAGGGCGACAAGGAUUACAAUGAGCUCUUUGACAUGCACAACUCGGAUGACAAUCUGGAUGAGCUGCUCUGCGAUGGCGAACAGAAGCGUCAGGAGCGUCGUCUGUCGCUGCCGGAGAAGCAAUCGAUAUCGCACUUUGGACCCCGGCAGGGUCAACUGCUCUCCCGUCUGUUGACGCACACCCAUCUGCCCGGACUGUCCUCGCUGGAUCAGAUGCAUCUGUUGGCCUUGGCGGAUACGGUGGCCACAUGUAAUACCGAUUUCUCCGAUAAAUUUGCCGCUGAUCUGGGCAAGAGUCAAGGUGUGAACAGGGGUGUCGACAGUGGUGUUGUUGCUGGCAAGGAGCAGGGCACCGAUUCUCUAGAUGAUUGUGGUCUACGUUUUCUGCUCGCAAUGAAGCAUUUCACGUACUUGCUGCGUUGUCUGCCGCUCCAGCAACGGGCGCAAUUCCAGCGCCAAGGCGUCGGCACCGCCAACAUCGUUUGGGCCUAUCACUCGGAGAGCGAGGAGGAGCUGCUGCAUCUGAUACCCAGCUACACCAAGGGCGACCUGCGUUGGGCCACUUUGCGGGAUCUGGGCGUGGGUUAUUGGCUGAAGAACAUCAACACCUUGCGCCGAUGCGUCGAGAAAUUGGCCAAGUGUGCGUAUCAGCUGAAACAGGAUCCUCUGGAUGCGGCCAUCUAUUAUCUGGCGAUGAAAAAGAAAUCCCUGGUCUGGGGUCUGUUCCGCUCCAAGCGGGAUGAGAAGAUGACCACGUUCUUUGGCAACAAUUUCAGUGAGGAUCGCUGGCGUAAGGCGGCCCUAAAGAAUGCCUUUGUGCUGCUGGGCAAACAGAGAUUCGAGCAUGCUGUCGCCUUCUUUCUGCUGGCCAAUUCCCUCAACGAUGCCAUCGAGGUGUGCAUGAAUAAGCUGGAGGAUUUCCAGCUGGCAUUGAUUAUCGCACGUCUCUAUGAGGGCGAUGCCGAGGGCUGCUAUUAUCAUCGCCUGCUCAAUGAUCACAUUUUGGGCACGGAUGUGGACACGGGUCGCUGUGAUCUGACACGUGCCCAUCCCGAUCCCUUUUUGCGCUCCAUGACGUAUUGGAAUUUGAAAAAGUAUCAGGACAGCUUGAAUACUUUGUUAUUAAAUGGUGUGGGCAAUCUGCAUAGCAGCUAUCGGGAGGAGGAUCUCUUACGGCCGGACUCGCCACAUGCCACAAAUCCGAAUGUCUUCAAUUUCUACAUUUAUUUGCGAACACAUCCGCUGUUGAUACGCCAGAAUAUAGCACUCUCCGCGCAGGAGAAACGCAUGGCACAUGUUGUACUCUCCGGGUUUAGUUAUGCCGGAGAGACAAGGCAUGUGACGGCGGAGGAUAAGCAACUGCAGCUGGAGGAUUCCAUAACACCCAUUGAACGGCAACUGUAUUUUACCACGGCACAUGGACACUUCAAAUCCGGUUGUCCGGCCUUGGCGCUGGAGGUGCUCAACAAGCUGCCCAUGAAGAUAAGCGAUAGUGAUGGCACCACCACAUCCAGCAAUGCACCGGAUACGGAACAGGCUGUGAACAAGGAUGAGUUGAUCAACUCCGGCAUCAUGGAUCAAUGGCAAUCAUCGUCGGAGCAAUUCGAUUGGAGUGCUCCGGUUGCCUCCAGCAGCGCCAAUGAAGCCAAAUUCGAAAUCAAAUGGGAUGACGAUGAUGAUGAUGAUGAGGAGAAUGAGCAACUGGAUGAGCUGGAUAAUGAUGAUGCCGAUGCCGCACUGGGAACACCUCAACCAGGAGCUGCUGCUGCUGGCGCCAAAUCCACCAAUGGCGAGGUCAAAAUGGAUAUUAUGGCACAACAGUUGAAAUUUGUUGCCUGCUUGAAGAUCCUCAUGGAGGAGCUGUCCACACUGGCCACAGGCUUCGAGGUCGAUGGCGGCCAGUUGCGUUACCAGCUCUACAUGUGGCUGGAGCGUGAGGUGGAGGCACUGAAGCAAUUGUGCAACUAUUGCAGCUCCGAGCAGACAAACGAUCCCAAUGAUCCCGAUGCCGCAGAUGCCAAGGAUAAGGAUAUGAAUGCCAGCAUCUAUCCCAGCACCGAGAGGCCAACACUCCACGAGAUCCUCAUGCAGGACAAACAGGACUUUGAGGCCAAGGUGAUGCGAGCCGCCAAACGAAAGCGUUGGCUCAAAGCGAACGAGACGCUGUUGCGAACACUGCUGAGCUACUGUUCGUUGCACGGAGCAAGUGGCGGAGGAUUGGCCUCGGUGCGUAUGGAGUUAGUAUUAUUGCUGCAGGAGCUGCAGCAGGAGAAGACGCAACAGCAGCUGCUGAGUCCGUUGCCGUUCCCAACGACGUUGCCACUGCUCAGUGCCUGUGUGGCUGGCAACAAGACGGUUAUUGCCGAUCCCAUCAAGUAUUUGCAAUCCCAGACAGUGGACAUGCUGCAGAGCAUCAUUAAACUGUUGCCAUUCCCCGGACUUGAGUCGAGUGCAUUGAGUGAGAUCUUUGUGCUCAGGGAUUUGGCUGUGGCACUGUCAUCGUGCAUCUAUCAAUCGCUAUGCGAUUCGGAGAGUUUUGUGGUCAAUAAUUCGACAUUUAAUGGUUAUCCCAGUCCGGGUAUUGAGAACAUAGCCAAGAUCAAUUCAUCGUUUGAAUGCAGCUAUUUGGUUGGCAGUCGCAAUGCUUUUAAUCGACGUCGCAAGUAUUCAACGGAUGAGCCGGCUGGCAUCUGCACCACACCCUCCAAGUGGCCGGGAGUGACCAAUUUGAGGGCGUUGUUGGCACGCGAAAAGGAUGAGGAUGUGCCCAAGUUGAAUGUGCUGCUCUUGGAAUCGUUUGUGUCCACCUAUAUGGCACUCUUCAUUUACUCCCUGUCCACAUGCGAUAGUCGUUUGCUCUAUCGCCUUAGUGGACACAAUUUCACCAAUGACACCUGGUCCACACUCUUUGGCGGCGGCAUGAAGAAGCUGCUCAUCAAGCCGGCAACCCAACCGCAUGCAGCCCAGACCCAGGCACAGGCAGCACUCCAAUCCGCUGGAGCAGGAGCCGCUGGUGAGGAGUCAGCGGAUGAGAAUAGUGUUUGGAAUACGGUCACGUCCAUAACGAAGCAACGCAUGAAGCUCAACAUGAAGAUCCUGGGCAGCUUCAGUCAGAACAGCACGUCCAGCAACAUGAAAGAGGAUAAGCCCACAUAUAGGGAACAGUUUAUGCCCCCAGAGACAUCCAUGCUCUCCUAUUUCCUCACCAAACCAACAACCGCAGAUUGCGAUGAUUAUGACACAGAUGAUUCGCAUGAAUCGGAUGGCGAGGAGGAGGAGGAUGACGAUGAUGAUGUGAAUGUGAGUCGCUCACAAUUGAAAUCCAAAGACAAUACGGAGCAUGCCAAUCCCAUGUCAUACUCGUGGAGCAUACUCCGUCUGGCGCUCAUCAAGAAUAGCACACAUAAAAUCCAAGAGUUUGUCAAAGUGGCCGGCAUCGAGUUGCAGGAUCUGCCCGUGAUUAGUCCGUUGUCGCAUGAGGUGCUGCGCACCUUGAAUCGCUGGCAGGAGUUUGCCUUGAACGAUUUAAUUGGCCGUGGUCCACCGUCACGGCAUUAUAUACCCGGUUGUUAUGCGGAGAGUGGUAUUAAUGGCCUUGCCAUACACAAAUAUCGUUCGCUCUUGAACAAGGAUAAUACACCGUUCAUAUCGGGCUCGGCAGCGGGUCCGAUACGUCGACUGUGGAAUUAUCUGGUGCGCCAGGAGCCCACACAGGAGGUGUUCAUCAAGAGCAUCUUCGGGAAGAGCACGGAGUCAACCACACGCAGCUCACAUCACACGCAUCAGCACGACAACGAGACCGAUGAAGGUCAAUCGCAUUCGACAAGCGAGAACACAGAUCAUAUAAGGAUCAUUCACAAGGAUCAUGAAUCGAUAUUCACAUUCUGUUUGAAGAACAACAGCUCAUCGAUGAUCGCAUUUGCCAAUCCGCGAGAGAUUCAGGAGUUUGAUAUCUCACUGCUCUUGGAAUCGCCCAAUUGGUAUGAGGAUGAGUGCGAUUAUGAUAUGAUGAAUCUGUCCAAGGAUGCCGACACAAACAGUUCCGCCUUCCUCAUUAUCCAGUCGCAGGAGCAGGCUCAAUUUGGUCCAGGAACAGGAACGUACAGUGAAGCCAGUGCAAGCACGCAGAGCGCCUCACAGUCUGGACGUGGCACUUCCAUGGUAUUGCGCCACAAGGUGGACAAUGUGAAGCGGAUGAGCGCACAUCCUUUGAUGCCAUUGUAUUUGACUGGUGGCCAGGAUGGCUCUGUCCAGAUCUGGGAAUGGGGACAUCAGCAGCCGGUUUGCUCUCCCCGCACCUCGGGCACCUUCGCCAAGGUGACACGUUGUCGCUUCUCCGAGCAGGGCAACAAAUUCGGUGUCGGCGAUGGCGAUGGCAAUUUGAGUCUCUGGCAGGCGGGCAUCGCAUCCCAAAACAAUCGACCCUUCAUUACGUACCAGUGCCACAAUAAAGCGCUCUCCGAUUUCGUAUUCCUCGGCUCUUGCAGUUUGCUGGCAAGCGCUGGCCAAAGUUCCGAGAACAAGAACAUCAACAUUUGGGACACACUGUUGCCGCAUAAAAAGUCCUGUGUGUCCGCAUUCACCUGUCAUGAUCAGGGCUCCUCCUGUUUGGUAUUUGCACCACAGCAUCAGGUGCUCAUCUCAUGUGGCAAACGCGGCGAUGUCUGUGUCUUUGAUGUGCGUCAACGCACGCUCCGACAUCGCUAUCAGGCACACGAUAGCACCAUCAAGUGCAUUGCACUCGAUCCACAUGAGGAAUUCUUUGUCACCGGUUCCAUUGAGGGCGACAUUAAGAUUUGGGAUAUGAAUCAAUUUAUGCUAAUCAAUACGUUCCCCCAUGAGCAUGCCAAGAAUGGUUUCUUCAAGCACACUGGCCAAGGUGUUAGCCAGGUUUAUGUGGAUCCCUUUGGUCGUCUCUUCUCCUGCGGCUCCGACGGUUGCAUGAAAGUCCGUCUGCUUGUCGAGAAGGAUAAUAUUGUUCACUCCGUGUAUUAAAACAACAAAACAACAAAAACCAACAACAUUA